AUGCAUGUCCACCUGAUGAGACCAAGGGAAGAUCCCUGUUGUCUUUGGUAUGGACCAAUCAGAAGCCUUUCCGUGAUUGGGACCAACUGGAUAACCUCACAUGACUCAACCAUUCUCCUAGAAGGUACAAAUAGGAGCUCAAGUCAAGAAACAAUGGUACACAACCUGAAACCAGCAUUAGCCUUGUGUAUAUUUUCCUUCUCAAAAAUUGACUUAAGCAUCAAAGAAAAAAAGUCGGAGACACCUCCGACAUCCCUUCUAACCUUUCUUUAUGAGUGCCAGGUUUCGUCCGAGUUUGAAUCAGAAGUGCCGCUAUCUCACUAUUGUGAGAGAUAUCUCCUGUACAUAUUGAAAUCUGGUUUCGCAUUAAAAGACUAUCAGGGCACUACCCUCUUGGUGCUCACCUCAUCACUUAAGAGAAUGAGUAGAAAUUUAACCUGA